AUGGCUGAUAGCGCUUCAGAAUUUGAUGUUGAAUCUGAUACAAGCUCUGUGGAGGGCGUGAAGGAUAAUUUAGCCACAAACGAGCAGUUGUCCAGAAGAGUGGAAUCUUUGCAACAGGAAAAUCGGGUGCUGAAAACGGAGAUAGAAACCCUGAAGUUGAAAAUCAGGGGUCUUAACGAGGCAAACCAGCAACUUCGGCGGAACAGUGUCAACAUACAGGCGAAGGCAGAACAAGAGGAAGAGUACAUUAGUAACACUUUGCUCAAAAAGAUCACGGAAUUAAAAAAGGAGAAAGAGUCACUAGCACUCAACUACGAACAAGAAGAGGAAUGUCUGACCAAUGAGCUUAAUCGAAAAUUCACUCAGUUACGACAGGAAAAAGUUGCGUUGGAACGCACCCUUGCGCGAGAACAGGAGGAUCAAGUUACCAAGUUAAAACUGCGUAUUGAGAAAUUGGAGACAGACAUGAGCAACAAACAGGAAUGUCUGGAUCGGUUGCGUAGAGAGAAGAUCGAACUGGAAAAUGCGCUGGAGCAGGAGCAGGAAGCCCUCGUGAAUCGUCUGUGGAAGAAGAUGGAAAAAUUAGAAACCGAAAAACGAACACUCCAGGAAAAGUUAGAAUCCAUGGGCGCACUCUUAUCCGCAAGCUCAAGCACCCAAAGUUUACCCGCUGCCGCCCAAUCGACCGCAGCCACCAGUGAUAGUGUGUGUAAUUCCGCUGACCCCUCCCAAUCUGUAGCAGGUGCACCCGGUAAUCGACCGGCUAGUAGUGGGCCAGGAAGCUUUCGUGGUUCACUCCGCACUCACGACCACGUACAGGCAUUGCUAUCUGGGGCAUCGUCUCAUCCCUCCGCUCCGCCAUCACUACCUACCAAUCGACCCCCUGUCCCCACCGCUCUACUAGUAGGUCCUGUUGGCCCCACCGGUGGAGACUGUCAUUCUCUACAUUUAAAUCGACGUUCAUCGAAGACGGAUGACGUGUUGCCUUUAAAGGCCAAUCUGACUGCCUCCGUUUCUGUGUCCAACUUGAUCCCACCCCAAAGCCCGAUGGACGUGGAUGCUUUUGAGCAUGCUGCAAGUGGUUCCGUGAGCCCUUGUUGUAUCGCCGAAACCACCGGUCCGGAACUCUUCACUCCGAAGAAUGGCGUACAGUCUGCUACUUCUAAUAUCCUUUCCCUUGAGAACAGUACAGCCCUCCCAUCAUCUUCCAUCGCUUCAGAAUCAGCUAUCACUCGGGACCCCCAACUGACUGCUCCAUACGUUAAUCGCUUACGCGAAGAAGUUAGUUAUUUGAGAAGAAUGUUGGACCGCUACGAAGCGGAAAGUGCUUGUAAAAUGCCAUUGUAUGAGUCGGAAGAGCGUUCAGCAAUCGAAGAAAAUCGUCGCCUUCGUAAACUCCUUCAAGUGGAGAAAGAACGUCGUGAAGCACUCUCCAGACAGCUCAGCGAAAGUGAAUCGAGUUUAGAAAUGGAAGACGAACGGCAGUUUAACGAGGCUUGCCGGAACCCACGUUUCAGGACUACUUCCGAUAGCUCGUCCAGCUUUCAUCCCCCCAACCAUCCGGCGUGGGCAUUGGUCACCAACCCUUCAGCAAUUUAUGGACCAGGUCAUGCUUACGCGAUCGCUGUCGCUGCCGGACUCAGUGGUCAACCGAAUGUUGGCCGAUGCCGUGAAUGUGGUCAACGUGUUCCUUCACAUCCUGACGAGUGGUCAACUGCUGUCAGUGCAUACCCAUCGAUCGGUCGGGGUCCACCGACUACCCUCCUGACCGGUGCAAACAGCUCAACUGUCGGUCGGAUGUUCCCUUCCACUUGUUGCUCCUCUCCAAAUGCCACCGGUAAACCUUGUGGUUCCCAGCACAACCAUCCCAAUUCUCCAGCAACCCCGACAACCUCCUCCGGUUCCGGUAACGGGCAAUCGUUUGUAAAACCGACGAAUCGUGUCCAACCUGUUUCCAGCUGGCCCGAACGAGCUAGUGUAGGCAGCGACCUUAACGGUAGAGAGAAGUAUUUUGAAAAGCAACUAUCAUCAUACAUGUCUCACGAGCGCUUGUUUGUCGACGUUGAUCCAGAUAACCGAAAUGGAGAACCGGAUGA